AAAAAAAGAAAAUAAUAAUAAUAAUAAUUGUUGGGGGCUCUGGUUAACGGGCCUCUAUCGUGGAUCGGAGGGUUAGGGUGAGAGAUCGAGGCUUUCUUGCGUACUCUCACCUCAUCUGACUCAGCGCAGAAGCUCUCGUGUCCUCUCAUCUCACAAUACUCUCUCUCACCAUCUCUUGCUCUUGAUGGCAUCCUAACUGCUCCACUUCCUCUGUUCUUCUCGCUUCCGCGCCUUAAAGACUAAGGAAGAAUACAAAGGAAUUAUAAUGGUUCCUCCUCCAUUGAGAGAAUUCGUCGAGGGUUUUAGCUGAAGGACUGAAGAAGAAAUACACCAUUUUUGGCAGAUUGUAAUUAGCAAAGGCGUGGGUCUCAAUUUUUUCUACCUGUUAACGGUUUCAGAUAAUGGCAUCCAGUCAUGUGAUAGCGCGUGAUCAAUUAAUGGCUAAGAUAUAAAAAGGUGUUAUUGAAUGCAAGUAUUAGGGCUGAAUUAAACAUUCCAUCAUAAUUCAAGGGCCAUAAUGUACUUUUUGGCCCAUGGAAAUGGUUCUCUAAUCUCUACUUUUGCAAAUUGCAAGCUUCCAUCUUGACUCAGGAGUGAGUCGUUUUUAAGUAACGCCCUAUCUUUUUAUUUCUUCUGAUUCUCUGGUCCCUGAUGCACAACCUCUCACUCCCUCCCUCUCUCUAUCUCCCUGCAUAACACACAAGCCUUCAAAACCCUAGCUAUACUGCAGGCAUCACUCCCUUCUCCCUUGUGAUUCUCAUUUUUUUUUCAAAAAAAAAAAAAAAAACCUGUUAGCUUUCUUGCUUCCUCCAUUUCUUGACAGUCCGGAGGUUGAAUGCAAGCUGAGUUUGUUCGAAGAUCUCCGUUUGAUUACUUCUGGACCACUGAAGAUGUCAAUCCUGCGCAUUAAGAAGCAAGGUUACAGCUGCCUUGACUUGGAGACCAGAAUUUACAGCUGAUUGUUGCUACAUGUUCUGGACUUCUUUGCAGAGGCAUUUUACCUGGACUGGAUGGACCAGUAUGAGAAAGUUGAAAAGAUUGGUGAAGGAACAUAUGGAGUAGUGUACAAGGCUCGUGAUCGUGUGACCAAUGAGACUAUAGCUCUGAAGAAAAUACGUCUGGAGCAGGAAGAUGAAGGUGUUCCAAGCACCGCAAUUAGAGAAAUUUCUCUCUUGAAAGAGAUGCAGCAUGGGAACAUUGUGAGGUUACAUGAUGUGGUGCACAGUGAGAAGCGAUUGUAUUUGGUUUUUGAGUAUCUGGACUUGGAUUUGAAGAAGCACAUGGAUUCUUGUCCUGAAUUUGCUAAGAAUCCUCGUCUGAUAAAACAAUUCCUUUACCAAAUUCUUCGUGGCAUUGCCUACUGCCAUUCUCAUAGAAUUCUUCAUCGAGAUUUGAAACCACAAAAUCUACUUAUAGAUCGCCGUACCAAUGUGCUAAAGCUUGCAGAUUUUGGAUUGGCCAGAGCAUUUGGUAUUCCUGUUAGGACAUUUACACAUGAGGUGGUAACACUUUGGUAUAGAGCACCAGAAAUUCUGCUUGGAUCUCGACACUACUCAACUCCAGUUGAUGUGUGGUCAGUGGGAUGUAUAUUUUCUGAAAUGGUUAACCAGCGGCCAUUGUUCCCUGGGGACUCUGAGAUUGAUGAACUAUUCAAGAUUUUCAGAGUCUUGGGAACUCCAAAUGAAGAUACAUGGCCUGGGGUGACUUCUUUGCCUGACUUCAAGUCUGCCUUCCCGAAGUGGCCACCUAAGGACUUGGCAACUGUAGUUCCAACUCUUGAACCAGCUGGCAUUGACCUUCUUACUAAAAUGCUCUGCUUGGAUCCCAGCAAAAGGAUUACAGCCAGGAUUGCUCUCGAGCAUGAAUACUUCAAGGACAUUGGUUUUGUACCCUAGCACCUUUUCUUAUUAGUAAUACACAAUAUAUACAAACAUAUCAUUGUAUAUUGCUUGGUGGAUUUUGAUUUUGCGAGGAAGAUGCAUUUUCUCUGCUA